UUCGACACAAGUUAUUGUUGAUCCCGAAAUCUGAGUUCCGGUUAAGUGUUGUUAGUUUAAGUAAAAGCGCAGCAUGCGUUUGUGGAGAGAGAUCUAAAAAACACACCUUUUAUUUUAAAUAUAAUGUACAUUAAACAGAAUUAGGAAAUGAAAACCAUACCAACAGGCGGCGCCAUGCCGGUAAUGUAGACAUCUCAUAUCAACAUGUUCCACCCGGAGCUCUUCAGAGGACCGACACAUAAACCGGAACCUAUCGUAAUACUUGAAUACCUGCGGAGCGACUUUCUGCGAGUUUUUCACAAUGUCUGUGAAGUUAAAUGCGUUGAUUAGCGACUCUUACGUUGAUAUAAGUCAAUACAGAGACCAGCAUUUUAAGGGUAAUCGCUAUGAACAGGAGAAGCUGCUGAAGCAGAGCCACACUUUAUAUGUUGGGAAUCUCUCCUUCUACACCACCGAGGACCAGGUACACGAGCUGUUUUCUAAAAGUGGAGAUGUGAAGCGCAUCAUCAUCGGACUGGAUAAAGUCAAGAAGACAGCCUGUGGAUUCUGCUUCGUAGAGUACUACACACGUGCAGGCGCAGAAAAUGCGAUGCGCUUCAUUAAUGGCACACGGCUGGAUGACCGUAUCAUCAGGACAGACUGGGACGCCGGCUUCAAGGAGGGACGGCAGUACGGACGUGGCAAAUCUGGAGGACAGGUGAGAGAUGAGUACAGGCAGGACUACGACCCAGCCAGAGGCGGCUAUGGUAAGCUGGCUCAGCAGCAUCGACCAACAGAGGGACGCAAUAGUUUUUAGACUGAACCCCACCACAGCAGUCUGCCUGGACUACACAAAGCCCCACCUUCAGUCCUGAACCAGAUGGAUUCUCAAACAAUGCCACUUUAUGCCAUCACAGACUGUUUGUCCCAAAUCUACCAUCAAAACUCUACAGCAGGUCUGCAUGGACCAUUGGACCCGAGAAAUUAGCAGCUGUUAUUUAUUUCCUUUGUUUUCUUUUCUGACUGCCUCUCUGACCUUUCAUACCUGCUAUCAGUCGACAUGGUAUCAUGGGCCAAACCCCAAAGUUUUUGUGAAGAAUAGAAAUACCAUCAAUUCUGCUGUUGACUGGAAAGGUUAUACAGUAGUAACAUGUAGUGUCUGGGUUGAUGAUGUAUCAGAUAUCAAGUAAAAAUGAACAUGUUGAGUCUCUUUGUCAGGUUAAAAUAAUACUCUGCUGAAGAAAUAGAAGCUCUGUUCAAGGAAGCAUUCUCAUGUUACCUUACUGAUUUACUUUGUGUCACAAAUUAGGUAUAUGCUUUUUUUAAAUAAAGAUUUUUUUUUUUCUUUUUAA